UGCUGUCACCUACCGGUCGCCCACGACAUCCUUCCGUCGAUGCACUGUUUCUGAUGUGGUGUGUGUGUUUGGGGCAUAGAUUUUCUAUCAUACGAUGUCUUAUGACAGAAAACAGGUCCUGUGGACGUGUUUGCUGACUUUGGAAUCUCUUGUUUCAGCAGUUCAAGCAACGAGUGAAAAUAUUGCCCAGUCGAAGCCAGUGUCAUCAAGUCACUACAGCUAUGGCGGUGUACCCGAACGAGGCAAUGACGGCAACUUCGAUGGACGCUUUGGUGGAGGGUCAUGUGUGUUAGGGGAGGAAACUCCGGCAGACCCUUUCCCAUGGUGGCAAAUUAAUCUCCAGGCACCGUAUUGUGUUGAACUAGUAGCAAUUACUAAUCGAGCGGAUGCUUUUCAAUGGCGACUUCAUAAUUUCACUAUCAGCGUGUACACUGAGGACCCAACCACCACCCCAACAACCCUGGCCAAGGUGUGCGCUGUGUACCCCGGGACUGUCGGGGCGGGGGCCCGGGAGGUGCUGCCUUGUGGUUCGAGAGUAAGGGGACAGUACCUCAGGAUACAGAAGAAUGAGAUGCGCUUUGAUGAUGCUCUGCAGUUCUGUGAACUGGAGAUAUAUGCAACUGAGUCUUCUCUUGAUUUCGACACAAGUCCACGUACCGGAUCCUUCUUUUCGAAAACUCCUGCUCACCGUCUUGAAGGGACGCCGCUCAGUCAACGUGUUGGAACUCGGAUACAAUGUGGGCUUUCUUGUGACCAGAUUCCACGUUGCUCCGGGUUUAACUUUCAAGCAGAACUCGAUAGUUCCAAGGGACAUUGCGAACUCAUGUCAAAUCCAGGCUCGGAUCCAGUCCACGCUCCAAGCUGGAAUUGGUACCACAAGAGGUGCUGAAUGUCAGGCUUGCUUCUGGACAAAGUCAAUGUCGAAGACAAAAAUAGAAAAUUUUCUCCAGUGCUUUGGUUUGGUUAAAUGUGUUCACUGCCACAAUAUACCAGGUGGUUCCAGUAAGAGGGCACAGGGAGCCCAAGUGACCAAGUUGCCUAUUCAGAGUUUACUCCCUUAGUCGUGUCUGGAUCUGCUGACAUUGCGUUCCAGCCCAAUUCGCCUUCAUUGGGAUUCUUGAUUUCAAGGCGUUAGUAAAGCUUUCAAACGUUUAAUGAUAGACAUGUGGAGGACAUUUCCAAAUUUGACGCACCAGAGACAAAAAUGAU